GGUGGAUCAGUCUGGUCCUUUCCUUCAUUAACCACACACCACGUGAAGAGAGUUCAUCAUGUCUGUGGAUCUCUACUAUACUCCCGACUCCACUCCCUGUCGAUCAGUGAUGCUGACAGCCAAAGCUAUUAAUCUAGAACUAAACCUAAAACCUAUUAACUUGACGGCCAAAGAUCACCUGAAACCAGACUUCCUGGCCAUUAACCCUCAGCACUGCGUUCCUACUAUAGUCGACAGUGACUUUAUCCUCUGGGAAAGCCGGGCUAUCUGCAAAUACUUGGUUUCUUCCUAUGGGAAAGAAACAUCCUUCUACCCAAGUGACCACCAGACUCGCGCCAUGGUGGAUCGCCUCUUGUACUUUGACAUAGAAACCCUCUACAAGCGCUUCCGAGAGUACUUGGUACUUCCAGUAUUGUACGAGGAUGGAGGAAAAUUAAACCCAGAUAAACUAGCACCUCUGGAAGAAGCACUGGGUUGGUUGAAUGACAUGCUGGCUGAUCACGAGUGGGCAGUGGGAGACACAAUCACCGUAGCUGACUGUGUAUCGUAGCUACCGUCUCUACAAUAGAGGCAGCGGGAAAUACCUAUUGUGAAACACUGCAAUGUUACUGCCUGGCUGGAGAGGUGCAAAUCAACGUUGCCCGGCUACGCUGAAGCAAACCAACCCGGAGUUGAAGAGUUUGCCAAAGUAGUGAAGGAGAAACUAGGCAUAAUGGAAGAUGCUGAUAGCAAGAGUACUUAACAUUCCUGCCCUAAAGAGCUUAAUGAAAUUU